AUGGGUGGAGUUGCUUGUGUUUAUUCGGGGCAACCUUUUGAUACUGUAAAAGUGAAGAGCAGACCUUCCCCCCUACAUGUACAAAAAUGUGUUGACUGUGCUGUAAAGACUUACAAAGAACGUGGCAUUCGGGGAUUCUACCAAGGACACUCUCCUGCCCUAAUGGCUAAUAUAUCAGAGAAUGCUGUGCUGUUCCUGUCUUACGGGUUUUGCCAAAGAGUAGUGAGGAGUCUAUCUGGAAUGGACAGCAAAGCUGAGCUCAGUGAUAUACAGAAAGCUGCAUCUGGCUCAUUUGCCUCUGUCUUCGCCUCAUUGGCCAUCUGCCCAACAGAGCUGGUCAAGUGUCGCCUUCAAGCAAUGCAUGAAAUGAAAACUUCAGGAAAACUUGCAGAAGGACACCCCAGUACAGUAUUAGUAAUACUGUUUGGCGGUGAUCAGAACGUUCUGAAAACUGAUGGCCCUCUUGGCAUGUACCAAGGUCUGUCGAGCACUUAGUGAGGGAAAAUGCCUGGCUACUUUUUCUUCGUUGGUGGUUAUGAACUGAGCCGUACUCUUUUCACCGUGCAGGCCAGACCAAAAGCUGAUCUAGGUCCUAUACCCUUGAUGGUGAGCGGUGGUUUUGGAGGUGCCUGCUUGUGGAUUGCUGUUUAUCCAAUUGACUGUGUGAAAUCACGUAUACAAGUUCUCUCAAUGGCUGGGCAACAAGCUGGUUUCCUUAGUACAUUCCGAAAUAUUCUUAUGAAGGAAGGUAUUAAAGCAAUAUAUUCUGGAUUAACACCAACAAUGAUACGUGCAUUCCCUGCCAACGGUGCACUAUUUCUGGCCUAUGAACUGAGUAGAAAAGCUAUGAUGGACUACAUGAGUAACUGAAGUGCAGUCAGGGAAUGACUGAAGCCUUACUCCCAGGAAUUUGAUUGUGCUGCAAUAAGUUGAAUUUAGGGCCCAUCUAGAAAUUAAAACUGGAUAUUUUGUAUUCUACAUGGAAGUGGCAGUGCAAGGAAUUUCUUGGCAGGAACUGGAUUCAUGCAAAAGCAACUUAAAUUUGAAAUACUUAAUUACUGCCAAAGUUGACAUUUUGUAAAGAUUCAAUAUAUUUUCAAAUUCUGAGAAGCCUUUUUUCUGUGGACUCAAGGGGAGGAGCCCAAAGAUCCAAUACCACAAAUCAAGUUGGAAGAGCAACGAUGUCAAUUUGUAUUAAGAAAUAAGACACAGGGGUGGGUAACAAUGAGCUAGAGUUAUUUUGCCACACUUGUCUGAUUGUGGAAGCUGCCAUUCCUCACUGAUUUUCAAAAUGAAUGCUAUUAAAGUAGUAGGAUGA